AUGGCAAUGGUAUCUACUUCUUCUGCUUCAAAACCAUUUGAAGAAGCAGUAACCCUAACAGGUUUCGGUCUCUUCAACCUGUACACCCUGCUGGUCACAGGCGGCUGCCUGAUGUGUGUCAUCAUCGAAACCAUGAGCGCCAUGUUCAUCAUCCCCGCAGCCCAAUGCGACCUGCAGCUCUCCCUAGAGGAAAAGGGUAUCCUCUACUCCAUCAGCUUCUUCGGGGUGGUGUCCAGCUCGCACCUGUGGGGUUUCCUGGCAGACACCAGAGGCAGGAAGAUGGUGGUGCUGGUAUCGUUGGUGCUCAGCUGCGCGGUUAGUUUGGUCGGGAGCCAGGUGUCUGCCACGUGGUUGUUCAUAGCGCUCAGAUUCCUCAAUGGAUUUCUGAUUGGUGGUUCGUCCGCAAUAAUCUACGCUUAUGCUGGGGAAUUUCACGACAACAAAUACCGCCCCAAAGUCGUAUCCUGGAUUGCGACCUUCGUAGCUUUAGGAAACGUUUUCCUACCCGGAAUGGCAUGGUUAAUUUUGCCACUGGAAAUUACCCCCAAAUCCUGGCGAAUACUAAUGAUAGUAUAUAGCCUCCCUAGCCUACUCUUCGCCAUUUUGGCAUGGUUUCUGCCAGAAAGUCCGAAAUAUUUGCUGACCCAGGGCAAAAACGAAGAAGCCUUGACCAUACUGAAGAAAAUGUUUUCCUUGAAUACUGGAAAGAAGUCUGACGAGUAUCCUGUAGCUUCUAUACUUUCGUUUGAAGGAUCUAGCGUUCACCAUGAGAAAAACGAGAGAUGGCUACGAUCCAUGUGGGAACAAACGAUUCCCCUGUUCAAAAUCACCUAUCUAACAAAGACAUUGAUGGUCAGUUAUCUUCAUUUUGCUAUUUUUCUCACAUCUUCUUCGGUAAUAAUGUGGUACCCACAAAUUCUAAAUAGUAUGAGUGAAUAUGGAAAAAUAGUACCACAGGAAGAAGUUACAAUAUGCAAGUCAAUAUUGUAUGAGGAAGAGAUCAACGACAUUGAUGCCAUAUCAUCAAAUUCCACUAUAAUCAAGUCACUCGUAGAUAGUAACCCAAAAAUGUGCAACGACAUUAUAAAUGAAGAGGUCUUUCUGGUCACCAUGCUUGUAGGAGCAUCUUUCGGGGUUUGUUAUAUUUGCAUCGGUACAUUCAUCAACAUAACCGGUACAAGAAGACUAUUGCUAGGAUUCGUAAUAAUUACGACGAUUUCUGGAAUUUGCGCUCAGUUUCUGAGUGGUUAUACUUACAUCCUGAUUGCAUUAGGUAUUUUUUUGUUGGUAUCACCAACCAUUGGAAUAGUGAAUGCUGUGAUUGUGGAUUUGUAUCCAACUGAGAUAAGGGGAAUGGCUUUGGCAGUAUCACUCAUGUUUGGAAGGUUAGGAGCAAUGGCUGGUUCCAAUAUCACAGGCCCUUUGAUGUACAAUGUUUGUGAUUAUAUGUUGUACAUUUUUGCUGCAAUUCACGUUUUGGUCAUCAUUGUGAUAUAUCUACUACCUUCUAAAAAAUCCACAUUCAAGGAGGAAAUUUCCGGUAGACAUGAUUCUGCGCCAAUCAAGGGUAUUGACUAUUACUAUGAUGUAAAUACAUAUGUUUGGGCAAUAAGGAUCCAUGCAGCUGCUCUAUUCCACCAAGAUAUUUUUUGUAGAGAAGAUUUUAGAGGUUAGGGAGGUGUGUUAG